AUGACACAGAACAGAUGGCCGCUGCCCCCAGAGAUAACGGAGCGCAUUAUCGACCUGCUGUGCCUGGACCGGCGCCGCCGCUACUUCCGGUACAUCUACGCCAAUCUCCCCGGCACCGCCCAAUAUGCCGGCGUCUGCAAGGAGUGGCAGGAGCUGGUGGAGCGCCGCACGUUCCGCAACCUGCGGCUGAGCCGGGCCCGCCUCGCUGAUGUUGACCGGAUCGUAUGCCGGCGGCGUCGGACAUACGUCUGCACGGUGGACCUCAACGUGGAGCUGGAGCCGUAUGGCGCCGAGGUGUAUGGCGACUUUGAGACGGCCGAGGAGACUGCGCGCAACAGCUCCCUCUUCAGCGAGACGCUGCGGCUGUUCUUCGACAUCUUCAGCCGCUGGACGCCUGGAAACAGCGGCCUCCAUAGAGAAAGGGCGGGCAUAUCGCUGCGCAUCACAGCCUUCUCGCCUAGCGACGUGGGCCGUUGUGGCAAGGCAGAGAUGACGAGGCGAGAUGGGGAUAUCAAGAACCAUGACAUCUAUACUGACCGAUACAUCCACUCUAUCCUCCAGCUGCUCCCGGCCGCCGGUGACCUGCCAGUCGUCGAAAGCGUCUCAGAGGUAAUCUCAGGCAAGGCGCGGCACAUCUCUGCACCAGCAUGGGCGCUCAUCAUUAACAGCCUGCCUAACGCUAAGAAGAUUGGCAUUAACUUCUGGGAGAACGAGAAGAAGGAUCUGGAGCUGCGCAAACGGCUGCGGGACGAGAUUGGCGAUGCCCUCGCCCGAAUGCGCUGUCCAAACGCUGAGGUGACGCUUACAUGCAGCUACGAGGCACCAAAAGAUCACUCCAGCAUCCCACCGAUACUUACUGCGCGUGGGGUAGACGAUGCCUUUGCGCGUGGUAUGCGGACCUGGACACGGCAGCUUAAGCGGCUUUUCCUCUCGGGCGUCGUGAUCUCGCCAGAGAUGUUCUAUGCGGCGGCUUCUGACGAAGAGGAAGCGGCAAGCGAACAUCUCGAGCAGCUUGAGGUCACUUACGCAGCGGUGACACCACACGGAACGUGGCUGCUGGAGUUUAAUCCGGAAGACUCGCCGCUCGACCGCCCUUCGCCAGUGGUGGACCUUGACGAGUACCACCCAGACUCUUUGGUCAGAGAGGUGCCGGCGCCCGAGGACAUGUACGAGUACGACUUCCGGACCCGGCCGGUGGCGACCGAGAUGGAUCAUAUCCACCAAGGCGUGGCCGGGCUGUGCGGCGGAUGCCGGCAUUGCAGGAGCUGUAUCUUGUUACCUUUGAUGGGUCGAUCCAGUGGGGUCGCAGGCACCAUGCUUUCCUAUAUAAACAUGAUGCGGAUAAAGGUGUUGGCACUGCACAUUGGGGAAGCUUGCCGGGAUAUACACCGGCCGAAGACGUGGUUGAGCUUUGGAAGGAGAUGGCGGAGGUUCGAGGGCAUCAACUUGAGGUUCUGA